CAAAAGGCGACGAUCGUUGUGGCGAUCGCUGGCGUCGUCAGAGAGGCGAAGUAGGUGGCACCGCAUGUCCUUCACCCUCCCUCCGGAGAACUUCCUUCGUCAAUCUCUCUUGAAGUUCCCUGCCGAGGCGUAGGUCUCCUCGACUCCCUCCUCCCGCCGAAGCGCCUCCGACAGAUUGACCAAAUGGGGCCCUGGGGUUUGUUGCUCUUCGCCCUGGCUGCUGAGGCCAACGUCUUCAAGUUCGUCGAGUAUGGGGACGGAGAUCAGGAGGCUCUCAGCCGGAUGAAAAGGCGCCUUGAAAUCCCCCUGCCUGGCGGCGACAACAACGAAACCGUAGUUUUCGAUGAAACGACUGAUAUCUGUACCUGGUGCGACAACGAUGACUUGGAGGUCGACGAUGAGCACAGAGCAACGACCGUACAGAGGUAUACCAGGUACAUACCACCUGGAACCUGUAUUGAAAACAAGUCGCCAAGAUACCCAGAGAAAUAUCCCAAUAAUAAGGAUAUACGCUGGAAGUACACGGGAGCCUCGGGAAGUAUAUUGACUUUUAAAGUAAUUAAGGGAGGAGUCCAGAAACACUACAAAUGUCAGAAGGAUUACGUUGAGAUCUACGCAGACGGCAAAAAAACAAGAGCUUGUGGCGGCCUCAGGAAUUUCGAAAGAAGCUCAGGAUCCAGCAACAUUCUCGACGUCAAGUUUGUCUCUAACUAUAGACUCCAGUGGAAUGGCUACACUGCACAGGUCUGCGCAGCAAUACCACCAUCAACCACCACGACCACCACGUCUACUAGUACUACCAGCACCACAAGUACGACCACCACGACCGUGACACCAAUUAUGUGUGACGAUGUGUGUGGAAGCCUCGCAGGGUACACAGGACGAAUCAGCAACCCCACGCAAGCAGCAACGACCAUUCCCUGGGUCGUUGUAGUCGACAUCCUAAGGGAUAACCUGUACAUCCGGGCUUCUGGCAUCCUAAUCUCAAGAAAACAUAUCCUUACUGCUGCUUACAUUUUCUACCAAGGAUCUCCAACAGGGACAGACAACGUGGUCGUCCGACUCACGGCUGGCGAGUACGACCUUAGUGAACCCGAAUCUCCCGCUGUUCAAGUUCUUUACACAUCGGAUGUUCUCAUCAACGAAAACUUUGACGCCAGUAUGAGUGAACUCGAUUACAACAUCGCGAUCCUUACUCUGCCUGGCGACGGAUUCACACUCAACUCCCGAGUCCUCCCGAUCUGUCUGGGGAACAGCACGGUCAUGGACUACAUCAAGACUACGUAUUCUGCGGUCAAACUGUCGGGUUUCGGCUGGACGACUUACGGCUAUCCAGCGACGAACAUGUCAACCAUUAGCAUCAAUUUUUGCAACUUUCUCUUGGCUGACUAUUUCUUCUGCCUCUUCACCCUGGCCGCCCCGGAUACUCCCUGCUACGGAGACACAGGCUCCGCCUACUACGAGACCUACUCCGACGGCCGCAUCUACGCCGUCGGAAUGGUAACAGCCAUCACGCAGACGGUGUGUCCUGUCGGGGGCUUCGUUAUACCAGCAACCGAUAUCUGCUACUUCUACGACUGGAUCAACGAGAACACUUCACCGCGGCAUUGCAACCCUUGAUUCGGAAUGACCGGGAAUGGUAUUGUGUGGACUGGUUCUCGGGCGGUCAUCGAGUUCGGAUAGCGUUUUGGAAUUGGAUGUUUGAUUUCAUGGACUUGUUGUUUCUUCCUUGAGUCUUUUCGAUCUUUUUUUUUGGUCCUUUUUCUCUCUUUGGAUCUCUCUCUGUCUCCCUCCCUCCCUCUCCCUCCCUCUCCCUUCUUCCCCAGGCUAUCUCUCUCUCUCCCUGUCUCUCUCUCUCUAUCUAUCUCUAUCUUUUUCUCUCCCCUUCACAUCCUCUAUCUCUUUCACUUACAUCGUUGUUAUUCGCUCUUAUCCCCUAUCGUGAAUGCUGAAUCCAUACUUCUAGAGGCCAUCAGAGAAUCGUCACAUGCACUGCAAAGGCACAAGAUCAAACUCCAUUAUGUACUGUCGAGAGAAGAGCAUUUGCACAUAUUUUGGUCGCGGUGUUACAUGGGGAAUUUAGCAUGAGAUUGUUAACGAGUGUGUUGCUGAAUCACUAACGUUGUAUUUUACCCUAACCUGCCUUAAUUCAAACUAACCUUCCAAAACCUAACUUUCCUUAAACUCUACAUUUGUUCUUAAUACUACUGCUGCUGCUUCUAUUGGUGAUAACGGGGACCAGAUUUGGAAAACAUUAUCAAAAUGUGAAACUGGAAUAGUCAUACUGCUUAAUCAUCUAUAUGUUUCUAUACAUAAUCAGCAUAUUUUACUCUGGAAAUUUAACAGAAUAAAUUAAGAUGUCCUAAAUAAUAUAAACUCUAUUAAACGUAUCACUAAU